UGUUUACAUUGAAAACAUUUCGUGUGCUUUAAAAAAGCAAUUACUGUCGAGUUUUGAUUCUGUGAAUUGAAAUAAGGAUUCUUUUUGAUUGUGCUUAUUAUAUUGGUAAAUGUGAUUUUGAUGAUGUAUAAUUCUACUUAUAAAAAGAUCUUAUUUAAACAAGGAAGUUAAUUGCUUAUCAAUACAUUCUCGUUGAUUGUCCCCGGUGUUCAAUGAGUACAUUUUAGUACAGAUUUCUUUUGAAUUUCGUACUUUUUUAUUUCAUGAUAGUGAAUCGAAAUAUUCACUUUGGAUUCGGAUUAUAAACAUAACAUUUAAAAUGGCAAACAUCCAUGUUCAGUGUGAAAUGUGUUGUGAGGAAAAGGCAGUUGGAUGCUGCAAUAUAUGUGGAAACAUUUGUGAAUCGUGUUGCGUAAUUCACAAGAAAGGAAGGGCAUUCCAAAACCACAUUCUGAAGAUGUACGGAAAAGAUGGAUACAAUUCAAGGAGUAUUAUAUAUGAUAUCACAGAGGAGAAAUGUAAACACCAUCCGAAUGAAAGGGCGUUAUUAUUUUGUCAAAUUCAUGAAUUAAUGAUCUGUGGUCGAUGUUUUCGUUCGGAUCAUAUAUCAUGUGGUCAUGAAGUUGUUGAUUUGUGUGAAGAGGCAGGGCAUGUUGAUUACGACCAAUUUAAUGCUAUGUCCGUAGCUUUAAAUGCAAUUAAGGAUGACAGUAAGCGCAUAAAAGAAGAAAUUGAUAGACAAAAAGAAAGAAGUAAUACCCAUGCGGUUAAAUGCAAAAAAGAAUUGGAUGAUUUGGAAAAUAGACUAAAACGGAAAGUGGAACAUUCGAUCAGUAGUUUCAAAGAGGAAGCCCAAAAAUAUCACGACGAAAACAUAGCCGCCUUUUCAUGCAUUUCAUCCGUUUGUGAAGAUAAAGUGUCUUGGGCUAUCAAAGAGGAAAGUCAACUCAAUGAGUUUGUGAACAACUCGUUGACGGGUCGCCUUUACCUUAUGAGCCGGAAUUUCGACAAGGGAAUUUCAGAGGUCAAAAGGCAGAUGAAAGAGGCUGAAUAUAAGAAUACCUUUAAAAAUGUUUGUUUAAAGGAAAAUACGGCUGCCUUAAAGUGCUUGAUUGAAGACUUGACUGAUGUUUGCGAACUUCAGGAGGAAGUUGAUGGAAGCGACGAAGUAACCACGUUAUCAAUCGGGAAUGCGACUGUCGAAAAUGAAAAAACUCGAAAGGAGCUUUUUGAAGAAUUAAUCCAAGCGAAACUGGACACAGAUAAAGCAGAAACGGCAAGAAAUGAGUUCAAAGAACAGUUUUUGCAAGCGAAACGGGACUUAGAAAACUCUGAAAAAACACUGAAAGGGCUUGAACAAGAGUCACUGAAUACGAAACAGAACAUGGAGAAAUCUGAAAAGACAAGGGAGAAACUCUGUGAUGAGCUGCAACAAGUAAAACAGAAACUUGAUCAUUCUGAAAAGGCAAGGGAGCGAUUCGAACAAGAUUUACAGAAAGUGAAACAGGACAUAGAUAAAUCUGAAAAGAUUAGAAAGGGGAUCGAACAAGAGCUUCUGCAAGUGAAACAGGGAUUGGACAAUUCUGAAAAGUGCAGACAGGAACUGUGUGAUGAGUUGAAAGAAGUUAAACAAGACCGUGAUAAUUCAGAAAAGACAAAGAAUGGACUCGAACAAGAUUUACAGAAAGCGAAACAAGACAUACAGAAAUCUGAAAAAGAAUGUACAACACUCCAGGCAAGGUGUACUCACUUGAAGGAUUGCAUUAAAUGGACGCAGCCCACUGGAGCAGUGGAGGUCAAGCUUAACCUGGAACGAGUCUAUUCAAUUAAGUGUGUAUUUACAUUCCCGGAUGGCAUUCAGACGGAAUACAAUCCGAGCCCGGGGAAACCGUAUAAAGGCGGAUUGUUUAUAGCACAUUUAAAGGACGACAAUGAGGGUCAGCUGGUUUGUAGGAUGUUGAAGGCGAGGUUUAGAAGAGGAUUGAUGUUCACUGUUAAUGAGAACGGGUGUGUCGAGCUGGAUGGCUUAUCACUGUUUGGUGAUUCUCUUAGGGUUUUUUUUUUGACUGAUGAUCAGCACAUACAGAAGGUGAAAGCGGAGCUUGCAGCCAAGGGCAUCACAGAGACGAACAUAGAUUUUACGGAGAAGCUAAAACAGACGUUCACUGUCGAUGGUCCGUGACUUUCAUAGGACAUCUGUUGUUGUUGUUGUUGUUGUUAGUCUUUCUACCAGGCGAUAUGAGUUUUAAUAGCUUAAGACUUAUUAAGACAUGGGAAAGAAUUGCAAUAUUACGCAAACGUUAUUUGAUGCUUAGAUAUGGCAAAUGUUAAUAUAUGGGGACAAGCUAUGUUACAAAUACCGUACUACGAUGUAGUUAUAUAACAUUUGGAUCAAUUGGCCAGAAGACUGAUGAAAUGAUAACAAAAAAACAUUUACAUUUUUUAUAAAAUACUAUAUACUUUGUAAUCUUGUCUUGUUAGUGUUUGUUUGGUAAGCGCUGCAAGUUCUCGGUCCAUCACAUACAUAACAUUAUCGAGGUUUCGAAAGCCGAUUUUACAGGUACCUGAAAGUAUGUUUUUUUAUGCAAUACGUCGUCAAGGUUAAUAAAAUUGCACUUCAAACGACAUGUAUGAUCAUGCGAGGAAUUAAUUUAUGCGAGUGUCAGUGUGUCUAAAAUUACAAAAUAAAAGUUAAAUGUUCGUAGCUACUCGUACAAGUACAGAUACACGUCAUGUCAUGCAUCCACGUCAUUAUCAUAUUAUAAUAUAUUAUUCAAUGUUAUUCAAUUGUGUCACUUUAAAGAUCAUUAAUGAAGCUAUUUUCAUGCAUAGUUUGCAAAAUUGAUGUGAAUUGUGCAAAUUUUUGUGUACAUGAUAUUUUGUUCGUAUUGAAGUUUAGCAUAUUAAUAGGUAUAUAAUGACAAAUGUGCUACCAAUGUAUGCGGAUAAUAUCCGUGCAAAAAGUAACGUGCCUAUAAAUAUAAACGCUUAGCCUAUUCAUUUUUAUGCAGGCUUUUGUUAUAAGUUGUCCUUGUCCUUGAAACAUUUACCCCAGACACAACACUCGCGCUCGUGUAGACUUUCUUCAAUAGCUCGGAUAGCAGAUGUUGUAAUUAUUGAAAUUAUUGAAAAACACUAAGUCAAGUAAAAUAACUUAAUAUAUGUCAGCUCAAUGUGAACGCUUUAUUGAUUUGUUUCUUUGCCGUUGCAGUUUUAAUCGAAACAAAACUUACGUUAAAACAGCAAUUUAACAUUUAUUUUUGGGAAAAACGUCCAUUAGAAAUGUUAAUUUGGUUUCUCUAAUAUUUUGUAGGGUUAGCCAUUGAACAUGGUAAUAGGUUUCUCUCAUGUUUUGUAGGGUCAGCCAUUGUGUAUGUUAAUGAGUCUCUCUCAUGAACAGUCAGCCGUUUAAUAUGUAAAUGACUCUCAGUCAUGUUUUGUAGGGUCAACCAUUGGACAUGUUAAUAGAUUUCUCUCAUGUUUGUAUAGUCAGCCAUUGAACAUAUUUAUGGUUUCUCUCAUGUGUUGUAAGGUCAUCCAUUAAACAUGUUAAUAGGUUUCUCUCAUUUUGUAUAGUCAGCCAUUGAACUUGUUUAUAGGUUUCUCUCAUGUUUUGUAGGGUCAGCCAUUGAACAUGUUAAUAGGUUUCUCUCAUUUUGUAUAGUCAGCCAUUGAACUUGUUAAUAGGUUUCUCUCAUGUUUUGUAGGGUCAGCCAUUGAACAUGUUUAUGGGUUUCUCUCAUGUUUUGUAGGGUCAGCCAUUGAACAUGUUAAUAGGUUUCUCUCAUUUUGUAUAGUCAGCCAUUGAACUUGUUAAUAGGUUUCUCUCAUGUUUUGUAGGGUCAGCCAUUGAACAUGUAAAUAGGUUUCUCUCAUGUUUUGUAGGGUCAGCCAUUGAACAUGUUAAUAAGUUUCUCUCAUGUUUUGUAGGGUCAUCCAUUGAACAUGAUAAUAGGUUUCUCUCAUGUUUUGUAGUGUCAGCCAUUGAACAUGUUAAUAAGUUUCUCUCAUGUGUUGUAAGGUCAUCCAUUAAACAUGUUAAUAGGUUUCUCUCAUGUUUUGUAGGGUCAUCCAUUGAACAUGAUAAUAUAUUUCUCUCAUGUUUGUAUUGUCAGCCAUUGAACAUGUUUAUGGGUUUCUCUCACGUGUUGUAGGGUCAGCCAUUGAACAUGUUAAUAAGUUUCUCUUAUGUGUUGUAGGGUCGUCAAAUGGACAUGUAAAUAGGUUUCUCUCAUGAUUUGUAGUGUCAGCCAUUGAACAUGUUAAUGGGUUUCUCUCAUGUUUUGUAGGGUCAGUCUUUGAACAUGUUAAUACAUCUCUCUCAUGUUUUGUUGUGUCAGCCAUUGAACAAGUUAAAAUGUUUCUCUUGUAUUUCGUAGGGUCAGCCAUUGAACAUUUUUUAAAAGUUUAUCUCAUGAUUAGUAGUGUCAGCCAUUGAACAUGUUUAUUAUUUUCUGUCAUGUUUUGUAGGAUCAAGCAUUGAACAUGUUAAUAUGUUUUUCGCAUGUGUUGUAGGGUCAACCAUUGAACAUGUUGAUAGAUUUCCCUCAUGUUUUGUAGGUUCAGCCAUUGAACUUGUUAAUAAGUUUUUCUUAUGUUUUGUCUUGUCAGCCAUUGAACGUGUAAAUAAGUAUCUCUCAUGUUUUGUACGGUCAGCCAUUGAAGUUGUUAAUAAGUUUCUCUCAUGUUUAGUAGGGUCAGCCAUUGAACUUGUUAAUAGGUUACUCUCAUGUUUAGUAGGGUCAGCCAUUGAACGUGUAUAUAAGUUUCUCUCAUUUUUUGAAAGGUCAGCCAUUGAACUUGUUAAUAAGUUUCUCUCAUGUUUGUAUUGUCAGCCGUUGAACAUGUUAAUAUGUUUUCCUCAUAUUUUUUUCAUGCACGAAUUUUGGGAUCUAUCCAUCAUGGAUAUAAUUACAUGGCGAAUUACACACUAUUUCAGUAUAGUUUUACUAGCAGAUUUAAGGAUUCAUCCUGUAUAGAUUUAAUUCCAAUAUGGAUAAGACAUUUUUCAACUUAUUUUUAUUAAAUUAGAUUAAACCUGCAAAACUAAAAAAGGAAGCCGGUGAAACUGUCUCAAUCAUAUCAAUAUUAAAUGCAAUAAUAAAUUAUGGUGUUGUUGUUGUUGUUUACUGCAAAUUAAUACUUAAAAGCAACUUAUCUGUUGAAGGGAAUGCUCUUUAAAGUCAUUGAAUAUUUAUUUUUUAAACGAAACAAUUACGCUUGACAAUUUGUUAUAAACACAAAGUUAUAUUUUAAACAAACCUUUUAGGAAAACUCUUCGUAACACAUUAACACAAUACCAUCUUGAUUAUGCUUCCUCAUCUGGGUACUUUGGUAUCAACAAGAAAUUAAAAAAAAACUCAAGAUGGAACAAAACAUGUGUUCUAUGUAUUCACGUUGUUCAUUGAUCAAGACAACUUAGAAAUCUUGUCCAUUAAACGUGACAAUGACCAAUGUGACAAAUGUCCAAGUUAUAUGAAGGAAAAGACUACCAAAUGUAGUGAUGAACAGUCAUAUAUUUAUAUGUGUUUAUUUUUGUGUUUAUGUUUUUGUAUAUGUAUAUGUAUAUAAAAUAUAUAAUCACCUAUUUACCAUUCAUUGUAUUGUUAUAAUUUUGAUAAUUGUAAGUAGUGGUAUGUAUAUGUUGUCUGUAGUGCACGAAAGUGCAUACAUAUGUACUCAUAUUUACAAAUGCUUUGUGCUUGUCACCAUUUUUGUAUGAUAUUUGGUCAUGGGUCUAUGAUCAUCUGGUAAAUAAAUGUUCUGUUAUGUUCUAUUAUUAGUGUACUUUUUAGAGAACAUCUAAACAUGGUUUGACUACUUGGAUUGUCUCUGUAGUUUGCAUUGGUUUAUGUAAGUGACAUUUGUAUUUUUAAGUACAUGCUUUGUAGUUCAUAAUUUUUUUUUUUAUGUGUGCAUGUUGUAAAUAUAAAAUAAUGUGUGAUACUAAAAUAAAUUUCUUUGUGAUUAAUGUUAUUUGAUAAUACCUAAAUAGUGAUAACAAUGCCUUGACUGCAUUGGAAUUAGAAUUGGAAUGUGUUUAGAGGUUAUCCUGUGCGAAUUAACCUUUUUAUCCUCUGUAACACAUGUAAUAUUUACAUUCAAACAGUAUGCUUGAUUACAUUGGAAACUUAUAGUAAUAUUAUUAUUGGUUAAAAGUAUUAUUCAACUGUAAACUCUGAUAUGUAUUUUAUUGAAUAUGUACCAUGUACCAUGUUUUCAUAAGGUUUGACAUUGAACGAAUAAUUUUUUACUACCGACAGAAAUUUGGAUCUUAUGGUGUUGUUCAGUGGUUGAGCCUGGUAUAGGCUAAUAAAGCGAAAACAGAAACAAAUAAAUGUAAGAACAUUUAUACGCAUAUAUUGAGCUGUGUGUUGUAAUCAUGUAUCAAUACCUAUUUAGGUGAUAUAGCCGCCGUUCUUAAUAUAGCCACAGAUGCAUGUUGCUGUAUUGUAGUCAAACACAUGUAGUUUCUCGGCAUAUAACCAGAUGAAUAAUUUGGCAGUUAUGCCUAUAAGGUUCCAGGUAACUUUUGCUGCGACGAAGUGCUGAGAGCACCUUCAAAAUGAUAAGAAGUUGCUAUAAAUAAGUAAUUUAAAUCAUAAAAAAUAUUGUAAAAUACAUGUAUUUGAUUGUUAACUACGCAAUAAAAACGGCCGUACUUGCUUGACAUGAUAUUAAAUUGCAUACAAUGAUAACACAAUUGAUAACUUCACAUAGUUAUUAAAAAUCCUCGCUUAGCUACAAUUUUUCAGUACGUUGUUUUACUAGAGCUUUCGGAACUACUUACUUGACGUUGUGGCUAAGACUUCAAGCAUCCGUGUAAAGUAAUAUACUCGUCAGGACCGACUAGGUUUCAAACAAGGGAGCAAAAUACCAUCUGCUAAACAUCAGAUACUGUACUAUAGUCAGAUACAGCAGAUUAAGUUUUUCCAUGACAGGACAAAACUUGUUCUGCUCUGUGCCAGGAACAAUCAACAACAGUAUAGGUAGUUUUAUAUUCGACUCUGGUGUGGCUAUUGAAACUUCAAUAAACCCAGGAAUGCAUCUUUUCGGGAGUAGUUUCUAUUCGGAAGCAGUUUCGCUCCGGGGUUAUUGCAAAUUUACAUGUGUUUUAUACUACUAGUAUUGUUAAUAGCGCAGAUUGUUCAAGCAAAAAAUGUGUUAAUAAUAUGUUGUUUUUUUACAAACACGAUAUGGAGUAUAGCCGACCCAUUGGUUUUCUAAAUAACGGUUUUUAUAAAGAUGAAGUACAAUUAUACCAUUUAUACAAAUAUUAAUAAGCACUGUAUUGUAUUGUAAUGAUCAUGAUUAUAUUGUUGCACGAAACCUGUAUUUCGGAGCACUAAGAAUUUUAAGUAAUGAUAAAUCAAAUGCUUACAGAUAGAUUUUAUAUGAUCGAAAAAAGAAUAUUGCCCAUUAAAAGAAGAAUCUCGAUUAUAAAAAGAGAAUGAGCGAUAUUGAAAACUUAAGAAAUAGCAAACCUAGAGAGUUUUUUAAAUACCUUAAACCUAAAUAAAACGUGAAUAUUUUGAAUCCCUCAGUAAUAACACAUUUGGUGAUAUCAGUCACUAUGCAGAAGAUUUUAAUUAUUAAAAUAAUUAGUUUAAUGAACAAAACAAUUAUUUUCCAGAAUUUGAUGAACCUAUAACUGUACAAGAAAUCUUAAAUGCUGUUAAGACAUUGAAGCGAUGCCUACGGCAGAUUUAAUAUGUUGAGUGAAUAUUUUAUCGACACUAUGGACUGAAAUAUUAUCUGAACAGUUGUGCGAUUUGUUUAACAAUAUAUUAAAUUCGGGUUAGUUUUCCUAACAAUAGACUGAAGGAAUUAUUACCCCCGUCAUAAACAAAGUUCAGAAUCUGAUGUUAAUAAUUACAGGGGAAUAACAUGAGUAAGCUGUUUAUCAAAAUUAUUUACCACUGAUAUAAUUACGAGUGUCAAAACGUUUUGUGAAGAACAUGAUAUUAUUUUGGAUGCCCAAUGCGUAUUUCUAAUGGGGUGCUCUACAACUGACGCUAUAUAUAUACUGUUAUCUCUGAUACAAAAUUAUUUUUUUGAAAACAAAAUACUAUUUAUAUUUUUAUCGAUAUGAUGAAAUGUUUUCAUACUAUUUAUAGAAAUGCAUUUUGGUUGACGAUGUAUACAUGUGAAAUACAAGGGAAAAUAGGAGUUGUUCGGGACAUGUAAAAUAGUUAAAUAAUAUGUUAAAUCAUUGUCCUGUAAUCUGAUGAUUUUAGUUAUGCUGUAUGCUUACAUUAAGGGGAAAUUAUGUCCUCUUUAUUGUAUUAUCUAUUCGUACAAGAUAUUGAGUUAUAUUAAAUGUACGCAAAGAUGAUUUUGUAUUGAUUUUAUAUUAUUUGCUGAUGACAUGGUCAUUGUAGGAAAGUCUUUGAUGAAAUUCAAACCCAUUUGGAAAAAUUAGCAAAUUACUGCAACACUUGGGGAUCAAAAGUUAAUACUGAUAAAAUCAAAAGUAUGGUGUUUCGUAAGAGAGGGGGAGUAUUGCAAAGGAAAAAUUGACUUGUUAUGACCAUGACAUUCCCGUUUUUAACGACUUUAACUAUUAAGAUAGUGUGUUUUAUUAUACUGGCAAUUUUAGCCUUAACCAAGAACAUUUGAUUGGUAAAGCCCGUAAGGCAAUGCAUUUUAUAUUUUGUAAAUAUCUUAAAACCGAAAUAGUGUGUCAGUUAUUUGACACAUUUUUUGGUUCUAUCUUAUUUUUCUAAUUAUGAGGACCCGUUUUAUAUUCAAAGAUAAGAGCAUAUAUUGUCAUAUUGCUUUAAGGUUGCUACCACAAAUAAUAUUAGAAUCACAACUAUA